CACGCUGCGACAGAGUCGAAAAAUGAGCAGGAAUCGUAGGCGGAGCUUCCCCAGCAGCCGAAAUGAAGACAAGACCGCCGCUGCACAGCCAAGUGGAAGUAGCUUGAGAUCCCAAUCUCUGUCCAGGCUGGACAUCUCGGUUCAAAACUCAUCCAUCUAUUACAAUGAUACGCGAAACACGCGACCACAAAUGGUCAGUGUGGCCGUCGGCACAGAUUCAACGGAUAUCCUGAAUGGGCGCACAUCAUUCUUAUCACUUAGUCGGUCUCAAGGGAGUGAAGUGGAGUUCCCUUCGUUCUACGAAAGCUUUAAUCCUACUUUUCUUCCCAAGCUGCCUAUCAGAAGAUAUCCCCAUAUGCUUGUGGGGUCAUCAAAAGAGCCUGAGAUUUCGAAAAACCAGCCAGCAACUCCACAACCAAGGCCACUUGAGUCCAUAUCUGAGGUGCCGUUUGUGGAACCGGCCUUUGAGAGGAAAUACUCUAGGACCCGUGGACUUAGCAAGGAUAAUGAGUAUGAAUAUGUUGAGAGCACAGAUGAGGAGUCUCGGAGGCUGAGUUUCACUAGCUAUACGGAUGAAUAUGAUAGGGCAGAACCACUCAUAACCAAAACGCAAAAGUUUUAUAAAAAGAGAGCCCCCUUGAUUCCCAAAUACGAUUCCGAGGAUUCAUAUGUUGUCCUUAAGGAAAACAAUCAAAAGGAAUCGGGUCUCUCGUUCAAUGUAACUACAGUACAGUUGUCCGAUACCGCAUCGCCGGAAUCUUUCAGCGAAUACGACGGAAAUCGGACGCGCAAGCAAUCGUGGGACAUAGAAAGUAGAAAUUCGAAGGAAUCCUUUGACUUUAGCCGUGGUGGAAGACGACUUGGCUCCGGUAUGGUUUUUAUCUAUAUGGUGAUACCACCGGACGGCGGAUUCGGCUGGGUAAUCAUGGUGUUGUCCUUCCUCGCCCAGCUGAUAAUCGAUGGUAUAAUUUUUACCAUUGGGGUCUUAUUGCCAUCUAUUGCUCAGGAUCUGGAUGUCUCCAUAUCGUCGGUUUCGUUUGUGGCCAGUGUCCAGAUUGGUUGCUACUUCACUAGCGGAGCGUUUUCUGCCGUCCUGAUAAAUCGUUUUGGCUUCCGAAAGGUAGCCAUCGCUGGGGUCCUGUGUUCUGCCACCACAAUACUGGCAUCCAGUUGGAGCGUCAGCUUGACCAUGCUGAUAUUCUUUUACAGCGUCCUUGCCUGCGCAGGUGGCAUUACGUUGAGCAUGAUCUGGGCGAGUUCGCAGCUUAUCGUUGGCUACUACUUUGAGCGGUACCGUCCGAUGGCCAAUGGAUUUUCCUGCAGCGGUGGCGGGGCGGGCAUAGUACUCUUCACGUUCCUCAACAGCUGGCUGGUGCCAAUCAUCGGAUGGAGAAACAUGCUGCGGACGCAAGCGGGACUGAUAAUGUUGAUCCUGUUGAUGGUGGUCGCCUACGUGGAGGUGGCUCCCACCCAGGUGGGCUUGUACCAUUUGCCCGGUUCUUCGGAAACCAGUUCGGAUGAGUACUACGGGAACUUCUACGUGCAUGACUAUUUACGUCAAUCCACGCUGACUGCUGGAAGCAAGAGUAUUCUAAGUACGUAUGAGCCACCCCCCAAAAAGAAAGGAUGCGCCAAGUUCUGCCCCUCCUCGAACUGUUGUUGGAGGCGGCGGAAGAAGUCCGAAAAUGAUGAAGAGCAGAAUCUGCUCAUCCGCCCGGCGCCCCUGGAGCGGGAGGAUCUCUUCUAUACGGGUCCCGCAGAGUACGAAAAGCCGCGCAGCACGGAGAACCUCGACGGCAAGGAGUUCCACCUAAUGGGAUCGGAUAAGAAUACCCAGCAAGUGAACUAUGGCAUCAAGAACAUUCAUUUGGAUGAUGAAUCCGAUAGAGUUUCUAGAGUUCAUAAGGAACGAAGAUGGUCUAACGAACAUACGAAAAAGCAAAAUUCCUGUAGGAAUAACCGGUUUAUGCUCACUCUGCUCAAGCUAUUCGACUACCGUCUGCUGAAACAGUUUGAGUUCAAGAUUCUGGUGGCUUCCGCCUUUCUGUUCCCGAUGGGCUUUAAUAUACCCUUUGUUUACUCGUCUGCACGAACCACGAUUCCCAUCGAAUAUGCCCGUAUGAUCGGCCCCAUUAUCGGAAUUAGUAACCUUGUGAUGAGGAACAUCCUUGGCGUCCUCGCUUACAAAAGGCGUACCUGGACCCUCGGACUUUGUGGCUGCGGUCUAGUUUUCGGUGGGGUUUCCGUUUUGAUUAGCGCCUUCUACGGAGAGAACUUGAUUUGGUUUCAGUUUCUGUACGGCUUCUCCUAUGCUGUAGCGCCAGCUGUUUAUUCCACACUGAGAGGUCUUAUAUACGUUAAAUACCUGGGACUUUCAAAACUGACCAACGCUUUUGGGAUUACCUCAUUGGCCAUGGGAAUGGGCGCCUUUAUUGGGACUACAAUUGCCGGUAAAUUGAUAGGCAUCACGGGAAACUAUUCUGCUGCCUUUUGCUUUGCGGGAUUGUGCCUCAUAAUGUCCGGAUGUCUGAAGCUUCUGCUGCCCGCGCUUAUCAAAUGUCGCAACAGGAUGGCAAAAUGAGGAAUCAGACUGUUGGAAUUGCAAUAUUUAUUGGUUGUCCUGCUUGGAACUCGGGAUUGCCUUACAACUAAUAGUUUAGGCAUU